AUGGCGCAAAAUAGCAGCUGCAGGAAGAGACCUAAUAUACUUAUCACCGGAACUCCAAGCACCGGGAAGACGACUACGGCGGCUUCCCUGUCGGAGGUGACGGAGCUCCGCCACAUCAACGUGGGCGACUUCGCUAAUGAGAAAAACUUGACGAACGGCUGGGAUGACACCUUCGAUUGCUACUACAUCAAUGAAGACCUCGUAUGUCAUGCGCUUGAAAACUUGAUGAAAGAAGGUGGAAACAUCAUUGAUCAUCACGCCUGUGACUUCUUUCCUGAGCGUUGCUUUGAUCGUGUGGUGGUGCUUCAAACCGACAAUUUUGUCUUGUAUGAUCGGUUCACUAAGAGAGGUUACUCCGAUCAAAAGCUUGCUAGUAAUACUGAAUGUCAAAUCUUUCAAGUUUUUCUGGAUGAGGUAAAAGAGAACUAUCCAGAGGAUAUUGUAGUCAUACUAAGAAGUGACUCUCUGGAAGAUAUUACCAAAAAUGUGGAGACACUGACCAGUUGGAUUAGUAAUUGGUGCCCAGUCUUAUGACUAAAGUAUCAUAAGAGAUGUAUUAUAGUCUAUAGCAUAGUAAGGCUAUAAAUAAGGUCAAAAUUACUUUAUGUAUAUAUAAUAGAUGUUAAAUCCUCUUGCUUCUUCAGAAAUAGUAAAAGACAACUUUGAAUGAUACUGUAAUAAGCAAAUGUGUAAGAACUAAACUGCAACUCCAUUUCAAAUACA